AUGGUACUGCCCUCUCAACAGCAUCCAUUUUCACCACCAAACCAACAAGAUUUUCAACAGGCCCUUCCUGGCUCACAGUCUUCGAUACGAAAUACAAUGUCAAAUGAUGUGUUCUCCUCUUCCUCAACGGAAUUCUCAGGUCAAUCAAAUGUACAGCAUAAACAAGAUGUGGUUCAACGAAUACAAGGCGAGCCUCAACAAAAUCAACAGCAGAUGAAACAAGAAGGGUCAUUUAUUUCUCAAGGACAGCAAAAUUUGCAUCCAAACUUGCCUUCAGCGCUGCAGAUUCUUCCUCAACCGCCAUUGCAACAGCCUUGGCAGUCAUCCCUACAACCGCCUAUGCAGCCACCUUUACAACCGCAACCACAAUUUCAAAUUCCACCAUCUCAAAAUACUUCUCUGUCCCACUCCCAACCUCAGUCCCAUCCUCAGUCUCAGUUGCAAUCUCAAUCCCAAUCUCAAGCUGAAGUACAAAUAUCAACACCAGUUCAAGCCCCAAUACAAACCCAGCCAUACUCACAACUUACACCCAGUUCUCAGCAACAAAAUCAAAGUCAAAGUCAAAGUCAAAAUCAUACGAUUCCCCAGCCUCAUCUACAGCAACAGAUUCAACCUCAACCACAGUUUCAAUUACAACAAGCAAUGCCUCCACAACCCUAUAUCUCAAAUCACCCUGGACCAGCAUUUCCUUUUCAACAAAAUGCGUAUUAUCAUUUUCACGCUGCUCCACCGCCACCACACAUGCCAUACGAAUUUUCUGCAGCGCCACAUUAUAUGGGGUUUUCACAUCAAGCUCAUGCACCUUCAGCUAUUUCUUUAAACGCAGCAGCCCAAUUUCCAUCUAUGCUAGGAACAAUACAACCCUCUGAAGAUGCAGUAGGGCAAAUACCCCCAGCUGGUGGAAUAAAACCACGUGUAACAACCUCACUCUGGGAAGAUGAAGGAACACUAUGCUUCCAGGUAGAAGUGAAAGGGAUUUGUGUUGCAAGAAGAGAAGAUAAUAAUAUGAUUAAUGGAACAAAGCUUUUGAAUGUUGCCGGCAUGACAAGAGGUAGAAGAGAUGGAAUUUUAAAAAGUGAAAAAAUAAGACAUGUUGUUAAAAUCGGAACAAUGUAUUUAAAAGGAGUAUGGAUUCCUUAUGAAAGAGCUUUGGAAUUUUCUACACGUGAACGAAUAGUUGAUAUUUUAUACCCGUUAUUUGUUGCUGAUAUUAAAACUUUUAUUUAUCAUCCAACUAAUUUGACACGAACAGUUCAAGUUUUAGCUGCUGCUGAACGCAAAAAGCAAAUAGAUCAAUUUCGAAUCCAACAACAACAAGCAGCAGCAAUGUCUGCAGCGUCUAAUGCUCAUCACCAGAAUUCUCAAAAUCAAAUGCAUCCCCAAGUUCAGCAAUCCCAUUUGCUUCCAGCACUGUCCUCAAACCCUCAAUUAUCUCAGGUUGCCGAAAAUUCACAUACCAACCCUACUGAUCAAUCGUCCAGGCAAAUGGGUCCUAUCGAAAUGAAACAUAUGGCUCAGCAGCAUCCUCAACAGUCACCAAUGUGGAUACCAAUUCAUGGAAACUAUUAUGCAAAUCCACAGACCAAUGUUUUACCAUCUAUUUCAUAUGCUGUGCCUUCAGGAACUACUCAACAGCAUUCCGUUCACGUAGAUGCAACCGCAGUUACCUCUAGACCAAUUCCACAGUCUUAUAUGUAUGCCACAACAAGUCAGAACUCUGAGCAACCUCAUGUUUAUCAAUCACAGCCACCCCAAAUAGUAUUGGCUGAUAACACAAAUUCAAAUAACAAUGGUGUAGCAUCAUCAAAGGUUCAAAAUCUAGCUAAUGAUUCAUCUUCUCAAACAGGAACUGGCACAGUUCCAGUGCCUCCCAUUGAUUCGGCAAUUAUCCAUCAGCAAAAUAUUCUGUCUCAAAACACUGUACAACCUCCAAUGCAUUCAGCAUUGCCUCCUAGCACUUCCAGCCCCUUGAAUUCACGAAACGCUACAAUUCCACAUACUUUGCCAGCACUUCCACAAUAA